AUGUACAAUAAUAAUAAUAGUAAUAAUAACACUAUGCCGUCCAUCGAAAAAAGGAGUGGUGCAUCGUCUCCUUAUGCUAGCAAAGAUGGAAAACGCCGUUUUACUCGCAAUGCUGAAACUCUCUCGCCAUUUCCUGAUGGAUUUCUUCUUGCGAAAGAGCGGCAGCCUUGCACACCAAACCCCUCGCUAAUACGUACUCCAAAUUACCGUUUAUCUAAUCCACCACCAAGCAGACGUAUUAGGCCAGAAAGCUCUCCUGAUGAAGGUCCUGGAGGACUAUCAAGAGCCUUGAUAUCACCAAGGACACUAGCGAUUGUUAACAGUUACACUAAUGAACCUCUUACUGUUAACACUAUUAGAACUAACCACAACGUUUCUGAUACAUUCUACAAUAAUAGUAAUAUUUCUCACACAAAUGAACUUGGUUAUUGGACAGCAUUAUACUUGUCAAGAGAUGGAACUCGUAUGGGUAAGUCAAAGGUUAUGCCUCCAAGAGGGAAAGCACCCCACACUUUUGAAAACAUUGUUAGUACUAUUCAAGGUAAUGCUCAUUUGUUAGGCUUUAAGGUACUUUAUAUUACGUACCUAGACAAGGAUUUUGAUACCUAUGCUUUACUAACCCCUCAGAAUACAGUUAAUUGUACGGAUUCCUUUCAUGUUGUAGUGGAAUCCAAGGACUCUAGAAGUGAUGAGAAUGAUAUUCAAGUGUACCCGAACACUAGUAGCAUUAUGAGCACUAUGAGAGAGAAAGAGGAGAUCAGUGAAAAUAAUGAAACAGUUCUUAGUUUAUUGAAUGGGAUCACUGAUAAAUUACAGAGUGAUGUUUCCACAGUUAGUUCAAGAGGACUUUCCUCCCCAGGUGGUGGAUUCUUUCGUCAGGCCAAUUUACCGUUACCAAAUCAAGAACAAAGACGGUUUAAAACGAUACAAGAUAUUGAGAGGAAAAGGCGUGAAAUAUUAUUAGCGAACGAAGCUGAAUCUAAAGAUUUGGUUCAAAAAGAAGAAAAGGAACGUAACGAUAUAUGCGUAGAUGAAGGUAGCUAUCGAAUUAACAUAAAGGCGAUGGAACUGAGACACAAAUUUAUGGUGAGAAAGAGAAUUGGAACUGGUAUGCAAAUAGAAGUUGGUAAGACCACUUUACCAUCACAAUUGGUUACGACAACUAGUAAAAAUGAACUUAAAAAAGAUCUUACUCUACCACCUGUUGUGGAACAAUCAUCGCUUUCUGUAGUUUUAGAUGGAAGCGCAUUAUGUCCAUUGCUCCGUGAACAUCGAAACCGUUUGUACAGUGUGUUUGAACGAGAUGUCUCUUGUUGUUUGAACAUUCCACGUAGUAAUAUCACUGCUCAGCAUUCUAUCUCCGGUACACCUGAAGUAAGACUGAACGUUGUACAUGAUGGAACACGAAGUAAUAGUGAAAUCAGAAAGAUGAUAGCUUCAUACAAUUUCCCCAAUGUAGUGGAUCUCCAUGGUGUGGUACACCGACAACCAUCUGGGUAUCCAAGUAUACUAUGCACACCGCAACCGAUGUUAAGUACAAUAUCCUCAUCGACAUCAUUGCGUAAUACAAUAGGAGACAAGUAUGAAACUUUACUUAUUCAGAAUAAACCAGAAUUAGAAGCAGAGGAAGCCCAACUUCCUGCAUGUCGUGACUUGGACCCACAGAGUUCAUGGCGUGUACGUGUCUCAACAUCUCCUGACAGAUCAAGCAUACAAGAACGAAGUCAACUUGCCUCCAUUAACUCAACUACAUGGGACUCUCAGCGGCAACAUAGCAGAAAACAAACACCAGAACCUUCGGUACCUAGAAAUGAUAAUAAACUAAUUUCCUUUAAGGGUGAGGUAACAUUAGAUAAGGAAUCCUUUGCUUCCCUUAGGGGGCAUACACCAAUAAGGAUUCCCUUAUUGAAAAAACGUAUUCCAGUAUCUACUACUAGCGAAAAAGACAAAUUAAUACUACCAGGCAAACAACAACAACAACAGUACUCAACUCCAAAAGAUUACUCAAACCGAACUAUUUUGCCACAAAAUGUUGAGGGUUCUAAAGAUAAUAAAAAAAGUGAAUCAGUUCAGAGAUCUCAAGCAAAGAAUAAUAGUGUCUUGACGCCGUCUAGAGGUACAUACGCGUACAUUCGCAACCAGUUAGACUCAAUUAACCGGACACUCUCUGAUCUUCAGGAAGCAGAAAAACAGAAGCAACCUCUAGAAAAUAUAAAACCAACCGAAAAAGAAAAACAAGAUUAUAACAGCAAUAAAACGUCAUCAACUAAAGAGGGAACUACUACAGACAGAAAGAGAUCGAAUCCUGCCUUCACAAUAUCAACACCGAUACUUCAAGCUCCUAAUAUUAGUAGUGCCGCUCCGAUGUCACAAAACUUAGGCCAAAAGAAAAACAACUACCAAUUGAAUACACCUACACAAGCUUUAUCUGACGCAGAACAUCUAAAAGACGCACAAAAAUUAUAUCAAUACAAGGAGACCGUCACACCAACGUCAGAAAAUGAAGUUCAUUUGAAUAAUAAAAAUAUUGAAACAAAUCCAACUAAAGAAAAACACGAGAAACAGAUUACAGAAAAACUUUCUCUUCCCAGUAGACAAGAUACGACCAAUUUACACGAUUCCACAAAGCCUGAGACGAAAAGUGACACAAAGUCUGGUAAAGCUAAGCCACUAACGCAAAUCAUAGCUGAGGAGGCAGAAGACCCAAUUCUACCAGUUGAGUCAACGGUGGACACCGCGGCACCGAAAGAACUAGAAGAUGCUGUUGCGUCUGCAGCCGAGGAGCCACUAACGCAGAUCACAUCUGAGGAGGCUAGGGCACCAAGUGUUCCAGCUGAGACAACAGUGGACACCGCGGCAACGAAAGAACUAGAAGAUGCUGUUCCGUCUGCAGCCGUGGAGCCACUAACGCAGAUCACAUCUGAGGAGGCUAGGGCACCAAGUGUUCCAGCUGAGACAACAGUGGACACCGCGGCGCCGAAACCACUGGAAGGUAGUGUUGCGUCUGCAGCCGUGGAGCCACUAACGCAGAUCACAGCUGAGGAGGCUAGGGCACCCAGUGUUCCAGCUGAGACAACAGUGGACACCGCGGCAAUGAAAGAACUAGAAGAUGCUGUUGCGUCUGCAGCCGUGGAGCCACUAACGCAGAUCACAUCUGAGGAGGCUAGGGCACCCAGUGUUCCAGCUGAGUCAACGGUGGACACCGCGGCAACGAAAGAACUAGAAGAUGCUGUUGCGUCUGCAGUCGUGGAGCCACUAACGCAGAUCACAUCUGAGGAGGCUAGGGCACCCAGUGUUCCAGCUGAGACAACAGUGGACACCGCGGCAACGAAAGAACUA